AUGGAUAUGCAUUGCAAGGCAGACCCCUUCUCGGCUAUGCACCCAGGGCAUGGGGGUGUGAACCAGCUCGGGGGGGUAUUUGUGAAUGGCAGACCCCUGCCUGAUGUGGUCAGACAGAGGAUAGUUGAACUUGCCCACCAGGGAGUCAGACCCUGUGACAUCUCCAGGCAGCUAAGGGUCAGUCACGGAUGUGUCAGCAAAAUCCUGGGCAGGUAUUAUGAGACAGGGAGUAUCAAACCCGGAGUUAUUGGAGGAUCCAAACCCAAAGUAGCAACCCCAAAAGUAGUUGAUAAAAUCGCAGAGUACAAAAGGCAAAACCCGACUAUGUUUGCUUGGGAAAUCCGGGACAGGCUGCUGGCUGAGGGGAUCUGUGACAAUGACACAGUCCCCAGCGUGUCCUCAAUAAACAGGAUCAUCAGAACGAAAGUACAGCAACCGUUCCACCCUACUCCAGACGGAUCAGGAACGCCAGUAAGCGCACCAGGGCACACUAUCGUUCCUAGCACAGCAUCACCUCCCGUUUCCAACGCUUCCAACGAUCCUGUAGGCUCUUAUUCUAUUAAUGGGAUCCUGGGUAUCCCUCGUUCGAAUGGCGAAAAGAGGAAACGCGAUGAAGACGUGUCUGAUGGUUCUGGUCCAAACGGAGACUCCCAAAGUAGUGUUGAGAGUUUACGGAAACAUUUACGUGCUGAUAACUUCACUCAACAACAGUUGGAGGCUUUAGACCGAGUUUUUGAACGUCCGUCGUAUCCUGAUGUCUUUCAAACUGCAGAACACAUCAAAUCAGAACAGGCCAAUGAGUACUCCCUUCCUGCACUAACUCCUGGGCUAGAUGAAGUUAAGUCUAGUUUAUCGGCCUCUGGUAACGCAGACCUUGGAUCCAAUGUGUCUGGACCUCAGAGCUACCCUGUGGUUACAGGGCGAGAUAUGUCAAGUACAACUCUACCCGGUUACCCACCACACGUUCCUCCUACAGGACAAGGCAGCUACCCAACAUCAACCCUCGCAGGGAUGGUACCUGGCGCCAACGUUUCGGUUCACCAUACGGUCCAACCUGUGGAGUGCUGUUCAUGUCUUUCGAGCUCUAAACCUUGUCUGUUUCACUGCAGGACUGGGAGCGGAAGUGAAUUUUCAGGAAAUCCGUAUAGUCACCCCCAAUACACAACAUAUAAUGAAGCGUGGAGGUUCAGUAAUCCAGCAUUAUUAAGUUCCCCUUAUUAUUAUAGUGCCACAUCCAGGGGCUCCGCACCUCCCACUGCUGCAACUGCCUAUGACCGCCACUAG